GAACGACAGCGACAUACAGAACCACACAUCGAAGAUGAGGCAGUGCUGGUGGCUGUUGCUGAUGAUCGUGGUGUCUGCUGUUGUGCAUGUGUGGGGUGCACAGAGCAAGCGCAGCAGUGUGCAUGCUGCCACCAUCGCACACCAAAGCACGGGUGAUGAAGAACACAACAAGCAGCUGUUAUGCAGACAGGUGGACGACGUGUUAGAGCGGCUCGCAUUGAGGCUCCAAGAGGACCAAGAGGAGGAAAGCUCAGCAAGAACAAGAAACAGAAGCAGGAGAACCGAUCAUCAUCAUCAUCAUCAUCAUCAUCAUGAGCAGCAUCAUCAUGAGCAGCAUCACAACCAGCAACGGCAACAACAGCAACAAAUCGUCCACUUUGAUCAUGGCCUCAGUGUACCACAGAGAAGAGCAGGGGCAAGGCAUCUGUGGGACCCGCAGCCGCUUGAUCUGUCUCCGAUCAGAACCAUGGCACAGUUGUUCGGCUGCUGCGUCAACUGUAGCGUUUCUCACACCAACCCAACGACAACGAGAGCCGGCAACCACUCUCAACAGCACCACCAGCAUGAUCAGAAUGGAGGAAGCCUCAGCAAAACCACCACUGUGGGACAACAGCUCACAACACGUGCCUGGGAAUCGCAUCGACCCACCAGCCGCGCUACAAACACUCGUCGGGUUCGGCGUGACACCCCACUGCUCCUCUCGCGCCAGCUCUCGGAAGGCUUUUGCACGCUCGCCAGCCUGUUUGACAGCACGUGUCCGGGGCCCUUGAACAACCACACCCUCACCAUCACCUUUGAAGGGGAAACUGCGAUCGACCACAACGAAAACGCCACCGCCUCAGGGCGCGCCCUGCUCGACUCCUUCUCCGCUGACGUGCAUGAACUGACGCUGCGUGGCAUCAUUCAUGACCAGCCGCUCCAGUGGCUCCUCCACAACGUCGAUUGGAGUGCCCUCAGCAGCAUCACCCUGGAAGGCCUGCAGGCCCCCGAGUUCCAGUUUCACCUUCUCAACAGCUUGCAGGGCAUCUCCGACGUGCGCAUCCGGCACCACGCCCACCUCUCCAUCUCAACGCGCGCCUUCACCCGUGCGCACCAGCUCUCCACGCUCAGCUUGCGCAACAACUCCCUGCUCGCACUGCCUGAGCACGCGUUUGCCGGCAUGACCGCGCUACGCGUACUGGACUUGCGGCAGAACCGCAUCCGAACCGUGAGCGCAGCCAUCCUCGCGCCCCUGUCCAGCGUCCGGCAGCUGCUGCUCGACUUCAACUUGGUCAGCAGCAUUGAGCCGAGCGCCUUUAACACCACAACGCAGCUUACCAUGCUCACGCUCAGCUUCAACGCCAUGUCAGCCAUUCCAGACGGCCUCUUCCACCCACUCUCGCGGCUGCGGCGCCUCAAUCUCGGCGGCAACCCCAUCCACAGCCUACGUCCAGCGACGUUCAGUUCCCAAACGGCCCUGCAAGAGCUGAACCUCGACAACAUGCUCUUGCAAAGCGUCCCACCACACCUGUUUGCUCACAACACGCGCCUGAGGAUCCUCUACCUCUUCCGCAACUUCCUCACCUCGCUGCCGGAAGAUCUGCUUGCAGGCAUGUCGCAGCUGCGUGACCUCUUUCUCGAUGGCAACCGACUCACCGCGCUUCAGGACGGCCUCUUUCGACACCUGACCGCGCUGGACUUCCUCACCGUCUCCCACAACCAGCUGACCACGCUCCCGCGUGGGUUGUUUGACAAUUGCACCGCCCUGCGCGUGAUCCAUGCUCAAGGCAACAAGCUUGCGUUGCUGCCUCCCGGUGUGUUCCGCAGCACCCCCUCGCUGCAACUCGUGUACCUGGCAAACAACAGGCUGCGGUCCAUUGAUGGCGUGUUUGAACAGACCACGCCCACCCUCGUGCGCGUUGAUCUGGACCACAACCAGCUCUCGCGCUUCGAGGUGAACGCGCCGCUCUCACGCCUGUCAGCAAUUACCCUCCGCAACAAUCCGCUCGCCUCCCUGCCAGACCUGGCGGGCAUGCACGUGCUGCAGGAGUUGCGACUGCUCAACCACCACAUUCAGCGGCUGGACCUCACGCCCGUCCUCGCCUCGGCCUCAUUGCAAAUCGUCCAGCUCGAUGCGUCGCCCGAUGCCAAGUCUGUUGCGCUCGUGGACACGGCCCAACUGGCGUCGCGCCCACCGCCAACACAGCUGCACACGCUGCACCUCUCCCACAUUGACACCCGCGCCCUGUUCCGCCAGGCCUUGCCCCCACUGUCCCUCAAUCGACUGCACCUCGGUUGGCCUGGGAUGAACGAGGACUCCGUCCCGCUGUCGCACAUCUGUCGCCUCCUCGCCGACAGUGUUCAGGACAUUUCGCUCACGACAACCAUGUACAAGACCGUGAGCCUUUGCGAUAACAAAACCUAUCAUGCCGUCUUUCUCCAGGACAACACCGCGCUCAGGACGGUUGAAGUGCCUACGGGUGUGAGGACGCUGAACGUGUCUGGGUGCCAUGCCCUGGAUCGCAUCGAUGUGCCGUUUGUGGACGUGCUUGAUGUGUCGCAGACCUUGCUUGGGCCGAGCCAAGCCGUCUGCGACACGUUGGGACGCCGCAUCCUGUUUGCGCGGGACAUGAAUCCAGCCAAGUUUCGCACGCUCGAGGUCAGCGUGACGCUGCGGCGCUGUUUGGAGCGCUUGGACGUUCUUGACCUCUCUCGCAACUCCUGGCUGGAUUUGCCUGGGGAGCUCUCGCGACUCACGAGCCGCCCCGUCGCCCUCUCAUCGCAGCCGCGGCUCACAGCUGAUCUCGUCAUCAUCCGCUCCCGAGCAGCGCCACCUCUGCUGCAAGUCGCGGGCACGCCCGUGCAGUGUAACCUGCAACUUGGCAAUGAAGACCUCCGGCUUCCUCUUGGCAUUGCAACCUUCGUCACCGAAACUGUGUACACCUUCCACUGCACGUGCGCACGCGGUUUCAAGCUGACGUCAGGCGGGCGGUGCGUGGUGGACAACCCAGACAUUGCCGGCAUUGCCGUUGGCUCUGUGAUUGGCGGGUUGUUCUUUGGCCUGUUUGUGGCGUGGCUGUCACGCCGCUACCGUGGCCUGACCAAGCGCAUUGACCUGCAGGAGCAGCUGCUGGUGGAGAGGGAUGAGGAGGUGAUGGCGCUGAAGAAGGCGUGGGAGAUUGAGUACGAUGAGCUGAGGAUGACCAAGCGUGUUGCAGCGGGUGCGUUUGGCGUGGUGUUUGAGGCAGAGUGGGACACGGUGAUGGUGGCAGUGAAAGUGCUGCAGCAAGCCGUCAUGGCGUUUGACGAGAGCACGGUGCUUGAGUUUGAGAAGGAGGUGGAGUUCCUGCAACGGACACGGCACCCGAAUGUGGUGCGAUUCUUUGGGGCGGGCACAAACCCCAGCGGCAGCCCGUUCCUGGUGCUGGAGUUUGUGGCAAUGGGGUCACUCAAGGAUCUGCUGGGGAAAGAUAUGGAACAGGUGUUGAGGGAGGUGAGGAACAGGAAGGUUGAGGAGAGCAACAGCAGCAGUGGUGGUGUCAGGGAUGAUGUGAACAGUGUGUGGGAGUUGAAGCUGCGCUUGCUGCGUGACAUUGCGAGUGGCAUGGCUUUUAUCCACAGUCUGGACCAGAUGCAUCGAGACCUGAAGAGCGGCAACGUGCUGGUGUCAUCGUCGCUUCGCGCCAAAAUCACGGAUUUCGGGUCCAUUCGCCAGUGCUUUACACGUGGUGGAGGUGGCAGAGCCCACGGCAGCAGCCACACUCGCCUGUCGUCCAGCCAAGCUGACGAUGAUCCGCAAUACAGCCAGCGCACUGGACUGCAGACAAUGGCCAGCAUGACGCUGACGGCUGGCGUGGGCACGCCGCUGUACAUGGCGCCAGAGGCAUUGAUGGGUGACAAGUACAGCUUCGGCGCAGACGUGUUCAGCUUUGGCGUGUUGAUGUGGGAGGUGGCGACACAGCGACCACCGGAUCUGAUUGAGCAAGAGAAGGGGGGCGACUUUAGGGGGCCUCUGCUUCCUGCAAUCACGGAGCUCCUGACUGAGGGCAAGCGCCUCAAGUUUCAUGACACAGAUGGCAUCCCAGAGUGGUUCGAGACAUUGACACUGGACUGCAUGGCACACGACCCGGCACAGCGCCCAAGCUUCAACGAGCUGAAGCUGAACCGACUUGGGGGACACACGCGCAACAUGCUUAAAUCGUAGACAUUGUCACACCGUUAGUGAUAACGUGAGUGUAGAUUAUCUGAGCCACUGUCACCCAUCGUGGGUACAUUAAAUGAGCAGCCACGUG